GGGCAGUUACAGAUUUGUAUCUUGAAAUUGCUGGCAAUACAGGAAUUUGAACCUCCGAUCAACUGUAAUGUCUUCGCCACUGUCCCUCUCGGAUAAAGCUUCUUUAGUCGAGAAAGCAAACGCGCUGACACGUACAUUACGAGAUCCGACAAUACAUGAUUUUGCACCUCAUCUCGGUCUGUUUCGAGAGCUGUCCGAUGGUCUUCGGCGGGUCACUCAGGCUCUGGAGAAUGGUUGUGAGGACACCGAAGUUUUAGGAGAAUCGCCUGCAGCAACUCGCGAUCGCAGGCCUUCGAUCACAUCUAAUCUUGCGACUCAGAGCCAUGGAAAAGCCUCAACGAUCGCAUCCUCUGCGAUUUACUUCGCGCUCUCCUUUGCUCAGCGCAUUCGAGACGCGGCUAGAGACUGGGCGACUCUACCGGAUGUCCACCAUCAGCGAAGACCACAAGAGCUCCACAUUCAAAACAUAUUCGCCUUGCAAAAGCGACGACCUUCACAAGAGACCAUGUUCUUGGAUAAGAUGUUGCUACUUUGCGCCUGCCAAUCACUUUCAGCCGACUUCAGACAAUUCGAGUUAAGAAACGGAUGGACACCGAAGCGCGAUGAGAUAUCCCGUCGAUAGGUGACUUGGUGAAUGACAUCGACUGGCCAAUUUCGUAACUCGAGAACUUGAAGAUUUGGAGACCUGAAGACUUGGGAUCUGAUACUUGGAACGUUGGUAGAUGAUUUGAAACAACGACUGCGUUUGUCUUCAAACACAUCUGGCAACACGUGAAAAUGGUAUUCGAGUAUACGGAGGAGUUUGUUUUAACUCGGUCCGCAGUCUCGACACAGUUUUCCUAGCAAGGUGCGAACUCACGAGAAACCAGCUCCUCCGUAUCUCUCUUCAUUACCUAUCAAUAAUAAACACAAAUCGAGUUAUACUGCUCUGAGUUUGGAAGCCUGAGCAACAUCUUGGCAUGUGCUCCAUAACAUAGGCAGCAAGCCGAGCGGUUUUUGACCUUGUGAUCUUCGUUAAGCAACAAGUUCUCCAACCAGAUUUCGACGAUCAGGCUAUUAUGGCACUGCGCUUU